CAAUGAUAACAUAAUCAUAUUAUCAAACUUUCACAACUUGAAGCAACUAUGAUUGUAUAAAUAAUUUACUAUUUUUGUAAAUGAGAAUUGUAUAUUUGACCGACAUAUAAGUUGAAUAUCGUAUAAAACAUUAUGAAGAGUUCGGCAUUGGUGAGGUCAAACUUGGUGCCUAAAGGUCAUGCAGCUUUUGGAUUAUCUAGUUUGUCGUUUAAAAACAUUUUGCAUUUACGUCAAAAUAGUACAGCAUCAGCUACUACACCUGAAUUGAAAUCAUCCUAUGGUAACCUAUCCGAUUCAGACAGAAUUUUCACAAAUCUGUAUGGACGUCAUGAUUGGCAACUGAAGGGUGCUCUGAAACGUGGUGAUUGGUAUAAGACCAAAGAAAUUUUGAUAAAAGGUACUGAUUACAUUAUAAAUGAAGUUAAAACUUCUGGUUUGAGAGGACGUGGUGGGGCUGGUUUCCCAACUGGAAUGAAAUGGAGUUUUAUGAAUAAGCCUUCUGAUGGUCGCCCAAAAUACUUGGUUGUUAAUGCUGAUGAAGGAGAACCAGGUACUUGUAAAGAUCGUGAAAUUAUGAGACAUGAUCCCCAUAAGUUAAUUGAAGGUUGUUUGGUCGCUGGUCGAGCAAUGGGAGCUUGUGCUGCUUACAUUUAUAUCCGUGGCGAGUUUUAUAAUGAAGCUUCAAAUUUGCAACAAGCAAUUUGUGAAGCAUAUCAAGCAGGUCUCAUAGGAAAAAAUGCAUGCAAUUCUGGCUACGACUUUGAUGUAUUUGUUCAUAGAGGAGCUGGUGCUUACAUUUGUGGUGAAGAAACAGCCUUGAUUGAGUCUCUUGAAGGCAAACAAGGCAAACCAAGGUUGAAGCCUCCUUUUCCAGCUGAUGUUGGUGUUUUUGGCUGUCCUACAACUGUAUCAAAUGUUGAAACUGUAGCUGUUGCUCCUACCAUUUGUCGUCGUGGUGGAGCGUGGUUUUUAGGUCUGGGAAGGCCUAGGAAUUCCGGAACAAAGCUUUUCAACAUAUCUGGCCACGUGAAUAAUCCCUGUACUGUUGAGGAAGAGAUGUCAAUUCCAUUAAAAGAAUUGAUUGAACGUCAUGCUGGUGGUGUAACAGGUGGUUGGGAUAAUUUAUUAGCUGUGAUUCCUGGAGGUUCCUCUACUCCACUUAUACCAAAGCAUGUUUGUGAGACAGCUAUAAUGGACUUUGACGGCUUAGUAGCAGCUCAAACAAGUUUGGGAACAGCAGCUGUGAUUGUAAUGAACAAGCAAACUGAUAUUGUAAAAGCUAUUGCUCGUUUAAUUAUGUUUUAUAAGCACGAAUCAUGUGGUCAAUGUACACCUUGUCGUGAAGGCAUUAAUUGGAUGAAUAAAAUAAUGUACAGAUUUGUUGAUGGUCAAGCUCAAUCUUCAGAAAUUGAUAUGUUGUGGGAGAUUAGUAAGCAAAUUGAAGGUCACACGAUUUGUGCUCUUGGAGAUGGUGCUGCAUGGCCAGUACAAGGAUUGAUUCGACAUUUUAGACCAGAACUUGAAAGAAGAAUGAAAAAAUACCAUGAGCAGAAUGAAAAACAGGCAUUGGCAAACUAAUAAUUUUUUUUAAUAGUAUUUAUCAAUCAGUAAAACAUUGUUUAAUGUGAUUAUUUUAACAAGUUGAUUAGUUAUAAACUUAUAAAAAUAUUUAAUCAAAUAAAACAGAAAUUAAAAAAACUACUAUAUUAUUUA